AUGGAGGAGCGGAGGGUAAGAGUUGUGAAGUCAUCAUGUGGUUGGGGCAGAGGGGCUGUGAGUGCGGGCUCCGGGUUGGGUCUGGGAAGGGCUGGUCUGGGCUGGGCUGGAGCAGAUCUGAUCUGGACUGGUGUGGGCUGGGCUGGUCCGGUCUGGACUGGUGUUGGUCUGGCUCCGCAUUCACAAAUUCACAGUAGGAGUGCUGAUAUAGGAUUUGUUUUUCCCUUUUAGAUCAUAAUGAAUAAGAUUGUAUGGACAGAGAGGACCUGAUCCUAAAUCAGUACUCCUACUCAUUAAUAUAAUAAUAAAUAAUAAUAAUAUGCCAUUUAGCAGACGCUUUUAUCCAAAGCGACUUAAUGAUCUAGGGGUCACCCCCAGCACACUGAGGACAGCAGGGUUUUUGAUACACCGAAUGCCAGGGAGGUGAAGUCAUUCCAAGCCAAACAGGGACGCUAGUUCACUUAGAAAAUAAAUGUUCCCUUUUUUUCCCCCCUCUGGCUUCUAACUCAGUCAAGAGGCAGAAAAUAGCCCAGUGACUUCAGCUGAUAACGGAAGCACGUUAUCACAUUCCAUGCCAGUUGCCAUGGAAAGACAGACGCUCCAGGACAUUGACUGCGGUACAUCGUUAAUGAUUACUCGCUGUGUCUCAAAUGGCAUCCUUUUCCUUACACAGUGCACUACUUUUAACCAGGGCCCUAUGGGGCUUCAGGAAGCAACUGUUGUCCGUUCAUAGAAAGAAAGCUACAGGUGCCAGUAGACAGUCUAUUACUGAAAGGAAUCUUAGCAGGGUUCUUUGUGCCAAGUGAGCCUGAAAAGAGAUGAGCUACGUAGAGGAGGAAAUGUGGUGUCUACUGGUCUAAAGAGAUGAGCUACGUAGAGGAGGAAAUGUGGUGUCUACUGGUCUAAAGAGAUGAGCUACGUAGAGGAGGAAAUGUGGUGUCUACUGGUCUAAAGAGAUGAGCUACGUAGAGGAGGAAAUGUGGUGUCUACUGGUCUAAAGAGAUGAGCUACGUUGAGGAGGAAAUGUGGUGUCUACUGGUCUAAAGAGAUGAGCUACGUAGAGGAGGAAAUGUGGUGUCUACUGGUCUAAAGAGAUGAGCUACGUUGAGGAGGAAAUGUGGUGUCUACUGGUCUAUGCAGUGUAAGCAUCUACCAAGUCCACUAUUUCUGUUGAUUUAUCAGGGUGGUUCAACGUAAACUGACAUCCACAUUCUGGCUCUUAUCCUAUGAGCACAAUAAUUUGAAAAUACGUUGAAAAUACAUAUUUCUGGUUGAAAAGACAAUGAAAAUACAUUUUCUUUGUUGACAAGAUGCUGAAAAGAUGUUGAAAAUACAUAUAUUUGGUUGAAAAGACGCUGAAAAGACGCAUUUCAACCAGUUUUGCUCACUGGCUAGGAAGUCUUCUACCACGUUAUUGUCAUGAGGGCAUACAUUGCUUGUCUGAGAAAGGUAUUAGAUGUACAUGGGACUUUCAUUCACUCUGACCAAAACUGACAUUUCUUUGCAAUGACAUCUUCUGUGGAAAAACCCGUCUGGAGUCCACUGGUUAAGCUUUGUGCUAUCUUACAUCAGCCAUUUCCAAACCUGUCCUUUGGGACCCCCAGCCUUUCUAUGUAUUUAAAGUAUUCCAGAACUAGAACAACUUUUCAACUAAUCAUUAAAGCCCUUGACUACUUGAAUCAAGGCUACAACAUAUUUGUGAAACGUCUGGGGGUCCCCGAGGAGAGGUUUGAAAAAGAUAUAACAGUAAUCUAUCUGCAUGUUGGUACUGAGCUGAUUCUCCUCUUACUAUUUACAGACGUCCCAAAAACACCACCUCCAAAUUGUUCGAGCAUUACUCUCUUUCUUCUGACUCCUCUGUCUCCUCUGUCUCCUCUGUCCCUUACAGACAACCUGCCCUACUGUCUCCUCUGUCUCCUCUGUCUCCUCUGUCCCUUACAGACAACCUGCCCUCCUGUCUCCUCUGUCUCCUCUGUCCCUUACAGACAACCUGCCCUCCUGUCUCCUCUGUCUCCUCUGUCCCUUACAGACAACCUGCCCUCCUGUCUCCUCUGUCUCCUCUGUCCCUUACAGACAACCUGCCCUCCUGUCUCCUCUGUCUCCUCUGUCCCUUACAGACAACCUGCCCUCCUGUCUCCUCUGUCUCCUCUGUCCCUUACAGACAACCUGCCCUCCUGUCUCCUCUGUCUCCUCUGUCCUCUGUCCCUUACAUACAACCUGCCCUACUGUCUCCUGUCUGUCUCCAACAACCUGCCUGACUGUCUCCUGUCUGUCUCCAACAACCUGCCCUACUGUCUCCAACAACCUGCCUGACUGUCUCCUGUCUGUCUCCAACAACCUGCCCUACUGUCUCCUGUCUGUCUCCAACAACCUGCCCUACUGUCUCCAACAACCUGCCUGACUGUCUCCUCUCUGUCUCCAACAACCUGCCCACUGUCUCCUGUCUGUCUCCAACAACCUGCCUGACUGUCUCCUGUCUGUCUCCAACAACUUGCCCUACUGUCUCCAACAACCUGCCCACUGUCUCCUCUCUGUCUCCAACAACCUUCUCUACUGUCUCCUGUCUGUCUCCAACAACCUGCCCACUGACUCCUCUCUGUCUCCAACAACCUGCUCUACUCUCCCAAUGUCAUCACCUCCAACCAGUCCACUGGUUAAGCUUUGUAGUAACUUAAUCUAAAGUUAAUUGUUACUGACUGUGGGAUCCUCUCUCUGUGCUACAGAUGACCUUCCCUACUGUCCUAAAGGAAUCACCUCCAAAGUGUUCCGUUUCAACGUCUCGGUGAUGGAGAGGAACUCCACCAACCUGUUCCGAGCCGAGUUCCGAGCUCUGAGGGUUCCAAACUCUGCUGCCAUUAGGAAUGAACAGAGGGUCGAGCUCUACCAGGUGUGUAAAGGUACCGUCCAUGUCCUUCAGAGAUCUUCAACUCAACCUGACAACAGUUAACAGUCUUUCCCCCCUAGUUUCAUUUGGAGGCGGGGCACCCACAGGCCCCCCGGAGCAACUUCUAGGUCCUCAGGCAUCACCACUGGGCACCACCACUGGGCAUCACCACUGGGCACCUUAUUCCUUAUAUAUAGUGUCAGAUCCCUUUGGGCCCUGAUCAGGGGUAGUACACUAUAAAGGGAGUACAGGGCCAUUUGGGACGCACCGAUUGUCAGUCACUACCGAUAGAAGUCAAACACUUUAGGUAGGGAGCAAAAGAGCAAGGCCUGGUGGAGGAAACACAGUACAUACCUCCAUCACACAAACAGAUCAACAAAUCAACAGCUUUUGGUUGUUACAGAGCGUGAUCUGUAGUGGACUUUGUUAAUUUUCAAAUAAUCAGAAAUUUGCCAAGUUCAGUUCACUUAAGAUAGGUUUACCGUUACUGACACUGACGUGAAAUCUAGUCGCUUAUUUAUUCCACAAAUAACCAUUUCUCAAACUUCCCAGUUUCAACUGAGGAAGGGCUAGGGAGCCUCAGCCAGUGAAAUCCAGCUGUGGUUUGGUGGUGGGCAGCCAGCCGCCAGACCCUAACUCCAGCUCUCGUCAGGCCUGGAGAAUGUGUGCAGGGUCUGGCUCUGGGCAGGGUAACGCUGGAGUGUCCUGUUUAAUGUGUUCAGAGCUCUGGGCAGGGUAACGCUAUAUCAGCCUCAAAAGCCUCUGCUCUAUAAUCUAUGACAUUAGGUGACAUGCAGUAAUAGUAUAAAGCAGGGGUAUUCAACUCUGACCCCUACGAGGUCCGGAGCCUGCUGGUUUUCUGUUCUACCUGAUAAUUAAUUGCACCCACCUGGUGUCCCAGGUCUAAAUUAGUCCCUGAUUAGAGGGGAAGAAUGAAAAAUAAUUUUAAAAAAAGCAGUGGAACUGGUUUUGAAGUCCAGGUUGGAAUUUGAGGGUUAUAAAGUGUAUCUUUAUAAAGUGUAUCUGGGGCGGCAGGUAGCUUAGUGGUUAAGAGCGUUGUGCCAGUAACUGAAAGGUCGCUGGUUCUAAUCCCCGAGCCGACUAGGUGAAAAAUCUGUCGAUGUGCCCUUGAGUAAGGCACUUAACCAUAAUUGCUCCUGUACGUCGCUCUGGAUAAGAGCGUCUGCUAAAUGACUAAAAUGUGUGAUUUUUCAAUAGCGAAUGUUUCUCACAUCUCCAGGCUUCUGAGAAAUAGAGACUGCUGUCUCCUCGAGUUGCAACAGCACCUGUUGUGUUUCUAUAUCAGUGUAGUGGAUCAUUGUAUUGUUUCAUAUGCUGUAACUCCCCCACCCUUGGUUUUCAGAUCCUGAGGCCAGACGAGCACAUAGCUAAACAACGCUACAUUGGAGCCAAGAACGUGCUGACCAAGGGAACGCCAGAAUGGGUCUCCUUCGAUGUGACAGAGACGGUACGGGAGUGGCUGAUGUACAGAGGUGAGCCCGUUGAUUGUUUUUCAAGAGGAAAUCAUUUCCACUGUUACAAGUUUCAGACUCAAGUUACAUACUAAUACAACAACAACAAAAGUAAACAAUCAGAAAAAACCACAAGCAGUAGAUUUCCGUUUUGAGUUGGUGUGUGAAGAUGACCUUAUCUUUCCCAUGAUGCCUCUCUCCUCUCAGAGACCAACCUGGGUCUGGAGAUCAGCGUGCACUGCCCCUGCCACACCUUCAACCCCAACGGUGACAUCGUCGACAAUGUGAACGAGGUGCUGGAGGUCAAGUUCAAAGGUCAGUAGGCAUAACAUUCUCUUCUUGUGUUGUCGUUUCAGACCGGGAAAACCUCAUCAAGUCGUUUGUUGUUACCACCCAAUAACGGGUAAUGUUCUGGAUCUUUCUCCCUUAGACCCUUACUCCCUUACUGCUAGCAAUGUUUAAAAUACUGAGAAGUAGUUUUCAGAUCUGGAUCUUUCUCCCUUAGACAACUGAACUGGCAUUAAAAAGUGCAAUUGCAUUUAAAAAAGCCAUGACAAGUCACAACAUAAUUUACAAGCUUGCUCACAGAAGCAAAGGAACCAAAGUUACGGACAAAGGACCUGGGUUAGAGUUGGGGCGUGUAACAUGUACUGCCUGACCUCUGACCUCUCUCUCUCUCUCUCUCUGCUGUAGGGAUGGAGGGGGAGGAGGACCUGGGUCGUUGGGACCUGGGUCGUCUGAAGAAGAAGAAGGAGCAGUACCCACCUCACCUCCUCCUCAUGAUGAUCCCUCCCCACCGUCUGGACGCACAGCCACGCAGACGCAAACGGGCCCUGGACACCAACUACUGUUUCUCGUAAGGACCCUUACUGAAACUGUUCUCACUUCUGUUUCCACAUGUCGGCACGGAGUUGUCCAGUCCUGAAAGGCUCUGUUUUGAAUUUACAGGGUUUGUAAACCAGAAGUCAGCAAUCAUUUCUCGUAAAAAUCUGCUGUAACAUAAACAGCAAUAGCAGAAGAAGGAUCAAUGAGCCAGCCAACUUCCCCAUAUGCUCCAUCUCAAACCAUUCAACAUGUGUUGGUUGAUCAAAACAAGAUAAACUUGAAUAACUUGCUGCAGCUUUAUCUGACUCUUAACUAAAGCAUGUUGUGUUAACAAGAAAAUUGUAACUGAACAGUUAUCAAAGCUGACUACCUAACUCAUUGUUGUGGUCCUCUGUAGCUCAGCUGGUAGAGCACGGCGCUUGUAACGCCAAGGUAGUGGGUUCGAUCCCCGGGACCACCCAUACACAAAAAAAAUGUAUGCACGCAUGUCUGUAAGUCGCUUUGGAUAAAAGCAUCUGCUAAAUGGCAUAUUAUAUUAUAUUGUAUAAUAAUGAGAGAAGGUACGAGUGAUUCACCAUAGUUAGUUGUGCUCCUUUCCCAGCACUGUUGAGGAGAACUGCUGUGUUCGUCGUCUCUACAUUGACUUCCGUCGGGACCUGGACUGGAAGUGGAUCCACGAGCCCAAAGGAUACUUCGCUAACUACUGCUCUGGACCCUGCCCCUACCUGAGGAGCUCCGACACCACACACACACAGGUGAGGGCAAUCUGACACCACACACACACAGGUGAGGGCAAUCUGACACCACACACACACAGGUGAGGGCAAUCUGACACCACCCACACACAGGUGAGGGCAAUCUGACACCACACACACACAGGUGAGGGCAAUCUGACACCCCACACACACAGGUGAGGGCAAUCUGACACCACACACACACAGGUGAGGGCAAUCUGACACCACACACACACAGGUGAGGGCAAUCUGACACCCCACACACACUGGUGAGGGAAUCUGACACCACACACACAGGUGAGGGCAAUCUGACACCACACACACACAGGUGAGGGCAAUCUGACACCCCACACACUGGUGAGGGCAAUCUGACACCACACACACACACACAGGUGAGAGCAAUCUGACACCACACACACACACACACAGGUGAUGGCAAUCUGACACCACACACACACAGGUGAGGGCAAUCUGACACCCCACACACUGAUGAGGGCAAUCUGACACCACACACACAGGUGAGGGCAAUCUGACACCACACACACACCCACAGGUGAGGGCAAUCUGACACCACACACACACCCACAGGUGAGGGCAAUCUGACACCACACACACACACACAGGUGAGGGCAAUCUGACACCACACACACACAGGUGAGGGCAAUCUGACACCACACACACACAGGUGAGGGCAAUCUGACACCACACACACACCACACUGGGCACACACUGGUUGAAUCAACGUUGUUUCCACGUUAUUUCAAUGAAAUUACUUUGAACCUAUGUGGAAUAGAUGUUGAAUUGACGUCUACCCCAGUGGGACACAGGUGAUUUACACCGUGGUCAUAAUGACUAAAACGUCCAGGCUGGCAGGGCAGGAAGAAGAAGUCCCUUUGCUACUCAAUAGCGUCUGUUAAAUUAGAUUCAGCAAUAUGAUCAAUAACACCAUACACAGAAAUCAAUAAUAACUACGAUUCUGAUCGGCCAAGACCGCUUAUUAGAGCUUGUGUCUUUACUUGUGCUUAUUUCUGUAGUUGGCAGGACAGUUGCAAAAUUAAUUACCGUUUCAGCUUCCACAUCAGCAACACCAUCUCUUUCCCUCCACAGCUGCUGAGCCUGUAUAACACUCUGAACCCAGAGGCCUCGGCGUCUCCCUGCUGCGUUCCCCAGGACCUGGAGCCCCUUACCAUCCUCUACUACUCUGGACGCACCCCCAAAGUAGAGCAGCUAUCCAACAUGAUCGUCAAGUCCUGCAAGUGCAGCUGA